UGAGUUUUGCCAUCUGCAGUAUUUGGGCCUUGCCAAGCACUGGAUAGGGGGGCUAAACAAAAUUGUUUAAAAUUGAUUUUGCAUUAGUUUGGCAUUUGGCAUAGUGCAAAAUGCUGCCCGAAAUAAAUAUUACCAGUGACAGUGACCUGGAUACUGUGCUGGAUGACUUCAAGCAUAAGGUGGAGCGGCGCAAUAGUGCUGGCACGGCCAAGUACACGUGCAGCAUUGAAAAAUGCGGGGCCACAUUCAAGCGUCUCGACCAAUUGGAUCGGCACGAGUUCCACCACACGGGCAAAAAGAAGCAUGCCUGUUCGUAUGAGGGCUGUGACAAGACCUACUCAAUUGUCACCCACUUGAAGCGGCAUCUGCGCAGUACCCACGAGCGAACCGAGGAUGCCGCACAGAAAAACGUCAAAUGCACAGUGCUCGAGUGCACCAAGAUGUUCACCUCCGGCAGCAACAUGCAGCGGCAUGUGCGCGAGGCCCACGACAGUCCCAGGGUGUAUCCAUGUGGCCACUGCCCGGCCAAGUUCUCGCAAAAGUUGAAGCUGAAGCGGCACGAGAUUCGGGAGCACACUAAGGACUAUCCGUAUCGCUGCAGUAAGUGCAGCCGCGGCUUCUACCAGGACUGGCAGCGUGAGAGCCAUCAGGAAAGCUGCAAGCUGUACUCGUGCCCCGGCUGUGAGCUGCAGUUUGACAAGUGGACGCUCUACACGAAGCAUUGCCGCGACACGCUGCAUGGACGGAGCCGGAACAAAUGCGAGCACUGCGAGAGCAGCUACGCCAAGCCCAGCGAUCUCAAGCAGCACAUGGAGGCCAAGCACAAGGACACUGCGGGCGCAUUUGCAUGCACCGAGGCGGGCUGCACUCGCACCUAUUCGUAUGAGCGUAAUUUGCGCCAACACCGUCUGGCGGCGCACUCUGGCAGGCGUUUUGAGUGUCAGGCCAUCGACUGCGGACGCUGCUUCAGCAGUGCCCAGAAUCUGUCCAAGCAUCUGGCACGAGAUCACAGCGAAGCAAAGGCGAAGGUUGCAAAGACCAAAUCAAAUUCAAAGACACGCAAGCGUCGUCGCGACGCUGGCCGCACCAAACAUUCCAGGUUGUCCAAGCUCGCCUGCCUGCAGCUUUCAAAGGAUGUCGAUGAGGAGGUGCGUCAACGCAAGUCGCACGCUUUGAAGAGAGUCGCUGAAUCUUUGGCCGAGAAGCAGGAGGAUGAGGAGCCCUUGCAGCAGCUGAUUAGCGCGACUCUUCAAGACGUGGAGGAGGAAGUGGAGUAAUUAGGCGCACCUUUCGUUUAAUUAUUUAUUAAACAAAAUGUUCAAAAC